GUAAUCAACAGCUGUGAUGAUUAGAAGUUUUCAGUUUACGUACUCGUCUUAAACAGCAUUUCAACAAUUCGUGUAUUUUUAAAGUGUUUUUUCCCAAAAAGUACCUCUUUGUUUCCUAUUUAUUUAUUUAAUAUGUCUGCAAGUUUACGUUUCGUUGCAAACUCUCUGUUAAUUCGAUUGCCAAGAUGUGUCGGUGUGGGCUUAUCUCAGCAAGCAAGAGGAGCCGCAUGCUAUCCAGUCAACGAUAAGUUUUACAGCUUGAAUGAGGAGCAGCAAAAGCUGCGGGAUAUCGCAUUUAAUUUCUUCCAAACAGAACUGGCUCCGUACGCCAAAGAAAUCGACAAAAAUGACAGUUUCAAAGAUCUGCGGUCAUUUUGGAAGAAGAUGGGUGAACUGGGCUUUCUAGGCAUCACAGCUGAACCGGAUUACGGAGGCACCGGUGGGACCUAUCUGGAUCAUUGCAUUAUAAUGGAAGAAAUUUCUCGAGCUGCAGGCGGUGUCGCCUUGUCCUACGGUGCCCAUUCAAAUCUUUGCGUGAACCAACUCACCAAGAAUGGCACAUCUGAGCAGAAAGAGAAGUACCUGCCAAAGCUGUGCAGUGGGGAGCAUAUCGGUGGUUUGGCCAUGUCUGAACCGGGUUCGGGUUCCGAUGUGGUUUCUAUGAAGCUACGCGCCGAGAAAAAGGGCGACUAUUAUGUACUCAACGGCACUAAAUUUUGGAUCACCAAUGGUUCCGAUGCUGACACCUUGAUAGUGUACGCUAAGACCGAUAGUGGCGUCGCUGAUAAACAUGCCAUUACGGCGUUUAUCAUCGAGACUGCAUGGGAGGGCUUUAGUGUGGCACAAAAGCUCGAUAAACUUGGGAUGCGAGGCAGCAGUACAUGCGAAUUGGUGUUCCAAGAUCUCAAGGUCCCUGCAAAAAAUAUAUUGGGGAAGGAGAACAAAGGUGUGUAUGUGCUGAUGUCAGGUUUGGAUUACGAGCGCCUUGUGCUGGCUGCCGGUCCGGUGGGACUGAUGCAAGCUGCUAUUGACGUAUCUUUCGAUUAUGCCCAUCAGCGCAAACAAAAGGGUCAACUUAUCGGCGAAUUUCAACUAAUGCAGGGUAAAAUGGCGGACAUGUACACCACUUUGAGUGCCUGUCGAUCAUACCUGUACACCGUUGCACGUGCCGCUGACAUUGGCGUGCGCAGCUCUAAGGACUGUGCCGGUGUAAUUUUGUAUUGUGCAGAGAAGGCAACGCAGGUGGCGCUAGACGCCAUCCAAAUACUUGGUGGCAAUGGGUAUAUCAAUGAAUAUCCGACAGGACGCAUAAUGCGUGAUGCCAAAUUAUAUGAAAUCGGUGCAGGCACCUCAGAGAUUCGUCGUUGGCUGAUCGGACGUCAAUUGAAUGAGGAAUACAAGUAAACUGUAAGAUGAUCUAUUCGCUGUGAUCUGUGCCUUUAGGGAAUCAAUUUUACAAAUUUACCAUUGACGAACAGACUUUGUUGCAUUUAUUUUCUAAUUGUUGUAAUUGAAUAUUUUUUUAAUAAAGCCACUUAUACAAUUUAUUUUUCAGAA